CAUAAAAGCACAAUGAGCUGAACGGCCGACAUCCGAGUUGUUGGUGGAAGAAGAGAAACCAGCUUUGAGGAGCUCCGCGCGCGCACACUUCACGAACCUGUGCGUGAGCACGCACGGCGCGCAGGCACGCACACACUUCCUCCUCGUCCUCCGUGGAAAAAAAAAAAAAAAAAGAGGGAGAGAGGAGCAGAGAGGGCACACGAACUUCCAACUCUCCCAUGUGGAAAGCAGAGGUUUGAAGAAAGGUGUAUUUCCUCUUCUCCCCUCUGCCCGUUUCUCUUCCCUCUCAGUGUUUUUAUUUUAUUUUUUUGCCCGUUUAAUUGUGUUUCUAUGAGCGUCUUCCUUGGCGAGAGGAGAAGUUUGGUUGUUUGCCUUGUCGGCUGAGGAGGAGGUGGUGGUGGUGGUGGUGGAGAAGAAGAAGAGGAGUCUGGUUAAAAGUGGAAGAAGAUGGUCCACAACGCCGCUUGGAGAAGGAGCUUGCUUUGCGUCCUGGCGCUCAGUCUCGGCUUUGCGUCGCCGCCGUGCGAAGCUCGGAUUUACACCAACCACUGGGCGGUCCGGAUAGCCGGGGGACCCGAGGUGGCCGAACAGAUAGCGCAGAAAUAUGGCUACAGGAACAUGGGACAGAUUGGGGAACUCAAAGACCACUAUCACUUCUUCCACAGUCGGACUAUCAAGAGAUCAACUUUGUCCAGCCAUGGUCGCCAUAGUUUCAUCUCCAUGGAGCCAAAGGUGGAGUGGAUAGAACAGCAGGUGGUCAAACGGAGGAUCAAGAGGGAUUACAAAUCAGCCCCACCUCUUUCCCAGACAAGCCCCGCCCACAGCAGCAUGGCUCAGAACAACAUAUUCUACAAUGACGCCAAGUGGAGCAGUAUGUGGUACAUUCACUGUAACGAUGAUGUCCAUAAUUGCCAGUCAGACAUGAACAUCAUGGGGGCGUGGAAGAGGGGAUACACGGGAAAAGACGUGGUGGUGACCAUACUUGAUGACGGCAUUGAGAGGAACCACCCUGACCUUUUACAGAACUACGACCCCCAAGCAAGUUUUGAUGUCAACAGCAACGAUGCAGAUCCCAUGCCGCGAUACGACGCAACCAAUGAGAACAAGCAUGGCACACGAUGUGCAGGUGAAGUUGCUGCAUCUGCAAACAACUCCCACUGCAUCGUGGGAAUUGCCUACAAUGCCAGAAUAGGGGGUGUGCGAAUGCUGGAUGGAGAUGUGACCGAUAUGGUUGAGGCCAAGUCUCUGAGUCUGAGCCAGCAGCACAUUGACAUCUACAGUGCCAGCUGGGGACCCGAUGAUGAUGGAAAAACUGUGGAUGGACCAGCAUCUUUGGCCAGGCAGGCCUUUGAGAACGGCAUCCGCUCGGGGAGAAAAGGCCGUGGCUCCAUCUUUGUUUGGGCUUCAGGUAACGGCGGGCGCAGCAGAGACCACUGCUCCUGUGACGGCUACACCAACUCCAUCUACACCAUCUCCAUCUCCAGCACAGCUGAGAGCGGACGCAAACCGUGGUACCUGGAGGAAUGUUCGUCCACACUGACCACCACUUACAGCAGCGGGGAGAACUAUGACAGAAAGAUUAUCACAACAGAUUUGAGACACCGGUGUACAGACAGUCACACAGGGACGUCAGCUUCUGCUCCCAUGGCAGCUGCCAUCAUCGCUCUGGCCCUGGAGGCAAAUCCUCUUCUAACCUGGAGAGAUGUACAGCACAUCAUUGUAAAAACCUCAAGAGCCGGGCAUCUUAGUGCUUCUGACUGGAAGACCAAUGCUGCUGGUUAUAAUGUCAGCCACCUGUAUGGCUUCGGCCUGAUGGACGCUGAGGCGAUGGUGAAGGAGGCGGAACGAUGGAAGCAAGUACCUACCCAACACAUCUGUGUGGAGAGUGCUGACCGACAACUGAGCAGAACCAUCCGUCCAGAGCAUGUGGUGAGGUCGGUCUACAAGGCAACUGGAUGCACUGACAACCCCAACAACCAUGUGAUAUACUUGGAGCACGUGGUUGUCCGUAUUACCAUUACACAUCCUCGUCGUGGAGACCUGUCAAUCAACCUGACCUCACCAUCAGGGACCAAGUCUCAGCUGCUUGCAAACAGGUUGUUUGAUUACUCCAUGGAGGGCUUUAAGAACUGGGAGUUUAUGACCACCCACUGCUGGGGAGAGAAGGCAGCAGGCGACUGGGUCCUAGAAAUCUAUGACUCACCUUCUCAGCUUCGCAGCCAGAAAGUGCCUGGAAAGUUGAAGGAGUGGUCACUGGUGCUGUAUGGUACCUCCGUUCACCCGUACUCAUCUAUGCACGUUGAAAAGCAGCCUCGCUUCACUGACAUACUGCAGCCAGUCGAGGAGGAGUUCACCGAGGAGUACAACGGCCCCUGUGAUGCUGAAUGCAAUGAGAAUGGCUGUGAGGGUCCAGGACCACACCACUGCAUUAACUGCCUCCAUUACUUCCUCAAGUUCAAAAAUAACACCAGAAUGUGUGUUUCCGAGUGCCCCAGCGGCUUUUUCCGUGACGACAGGAAGCGCUGCAAGAAAUGCUCCUCCUUGUGCGAGACCUGUGUUGGGAGUCGUAGCGACCAGUGCAUUUCUUGCAGAAGCGGUUACCACUUCUUGGAGGGCUCCAACACGUGUGUUGCCAACUGUGCCGACGGCUUCUACCUCGACAGCAAUUCCAACAUUUGCAGAAGAUGUCAAGAAAACUGCAAGAAAUGUACAAGCUUCAGUAUCUGCACAGAAUGUAAACAGGGGACGAGUCUUCAAGAUAAUAAGUGUCAGAUGACCUGCCACCCAGGAACUUACUACAACGGCCACAGGAGGACUUGUGAGCACUGUCAUCGAGCCUGUGCCACCUGCGCAGGCACAGGUGCAGAAGCAUGUACUAAGUGUGCAGAUGGAUACUUACUUGAGGACUGGCGGUGUGUGUCGACGUGCAGCCCUGGCACUUACCUGUCAGAGCAAACCUCAGACAAUGGACAGGUGCAGAGGUCCUGUAAGAAGUGUGACAAUAGCUGCUUCGAGUGUUUGGGUCCAGGGGAAAGAAACUGCAGCAGCUGCAACAGCGGUUACAAUCUGGAGGGAGGAGCCUGCGUGGUCAGCACCAUCUGCAAAGAUGCAAAUGAAGAAUCUUGGGCGGAAGGUAGUUUCUGCGUGCUUGUUAAAAGGAACAAUCUUUGCCAGAGGAGAGUGCUGCAGCAGCUGUGCUGCAGAACGUGCUCGCAAAAGGGGUGACCGAAUGUAGUCACUACACAUAAAGGAAGUGCAGGAGGGGGGACGUGGGGGCACAGGGGGCAACCCCUUCUCAAACCCCCCCUCCACUGCCCACGCAUUCACAGUCACAUAAUUUAUAAGAAAAUCUGUGCCUCUUAAAAAGGACUGCAUCGGAGGUGCGAUGACAGGACUACAACAAACCUACCUUUCUCUGUACGGGGGACAUACAUGUGGUCAGGGCGUAAAACGACUGGGACUUGCUUAUAAAAAGGAGCUGAUGAAAACAAACGUGAAAAUAAUAAAAAAAAAAGCAAAAUAAUAAAAUUGUUGGUAUUUUGUGACCAAAGCAUUGAUGCCAAAAUAAUUGAACCUUCUUUUUUUGUUGCCAGUGUACAAAGCGUAGUUAAAAACAGGAGCUUGGCCUGUGAAUCUCUGAAUACAUCUGUGUGCAUUUUUAAAUAUAUAUAAAUAUAUAUAUAUAUAUAUUGGCCCCUCUUUCGCAUCUCUUUCCAGUGUUAACAAUAAAUUAAUGGAAAGUGAAUAUUAAUUAGAAAAGACCAUGGUUAUCUGCCUGUAAAUAUAUGUCAGAAGAAUAAAACCGUAGCUCAGUAAUGUGAAAAUAAUGCCUGUCUGGGCCGGCUUUGGUUAUUUAGUAGAGAAGACAAAUUCACAUUUUAAUAUACACCACACACACACAGUGCACUGAUGCAUAUGUGCACACACACACACCACACAUGCACUUAUAAACAUAAACACAGACGCAUAAAUUACCCUCUACUUGAAAUUGCAGACGCUACAGUGUUUGCAGAGACUGAUGCACGUUA